AUGAGCUCUGCCAGGGUGACCCGGAGUGGCAGGAAAGCGCUGGAGAGUGGUGAGUCUGACAAGCUGCCCUCUAGAGGGAUACGGGGGAAGAAGGGGGUUCAAGUCGUAUAUGACUCAGCAGAGGACGUGGAGAAGAAGCUGAAGUGGGAGCCUCCAAACUGGCAGAAACACUUGGAGAACAUCAGGCAGAUGAGACGUGGACGGGACGCCCCGGUGGAUCAGAUGGGAGCUGAGAAGUGUUUUGAUCAGAACGCUGCCCCAGAGGUGAUGCGUUACCAGGUCCUGCUCUCCUUGAUGCUGUCCAGCCAGACAAAGGAUCAGGUGACCUCGGCGGCCAUGACCAAGCUACGGGAGCACGGGCUGACCGUACAGAAGAUUUUGGAGACAGGCGAGGAGACUUUGGGGAAGCUUAUUUAUCCAGUAGGAUUCUGGAAGAGCAAAGUAAAGUACAUCAAGCAGACCACUGAGAUCCUGCGGGAGAAAUACGGGGGCGACAUACCCGAUAACGUAGCCGAAUUGGUGAAACUUCCCGGGGUGGGCCCCAAAAUGGCUCAUCUGGUCAUGGACAUCGCUUGGAACAAGGUAUCGGGGAUCGGUGUGGACACUCAUGUACAUCGAAUUUCUAACCGACUUAAGUGGGUGAAGAAAGAGACCAAGAGCCCAGAAGACACUCGGGUGGCCCUUGAAGACUGGAUGUCCAGGGAUCUUUGGAGUGAAAUUAACUGGCUGUUAGUGGGGUUUGGCCAGCAAAUAUGCCUCCCUGUGUCCCCUCGAUGUUCCGAAUGUCUGAACAGAGACAUCUGUCCAGGAGCCAAGAAGAAGAAAGAUUUUUUUUUAUAG